AUGGCAGGUUCGAUUCUCUGCUCCUUCACCGCCUUUGGCAGUACUCAAGGUAACCGCACUGACCGCCCUUACUCGCUACCGGAGCGGAGCAACAAGGAUGCCGAGGCGGCGGCAAACAAGUCAGCAGCCGGGAGAUCACAUGACCGGGCUGCCGCCUGCGGCGCUGCGCAAAACAGCACGCCGGACUCGCGGCUCGACUACGGGGCACAGGAGUGA